GUCCCCCUUCCCGCAAUGGAAUAUAUUAUUUUUUGUUUUGUUUCAAAACCCUGUACAGUAGGUGGCGGCAAUACGUCAAUAGGUGUAAUCUGCCAUAAAACUCUCAAGAAGAAGAAGACCCUGAGAGCAGAAGGAGCUGUUACGAUGGAGGCCAACAAAGCUGAAGGCAGAGGUAAGGGAGACCAUGGCAUGCAGAUCCCAGGAGGACCGUUGGACAGACAGGACAGCCUCCACAACAUGGAGAGCCUGCUCCCCAAGGCUGUGAAGAGGCGAGUCUACGCCCUGAAGAAGCUACAGGUGCAAUGUGCCAGCAUAGAAGCAAAGUUCUAUGAGGAAGUCCAUGAGCUGGAGAGGAAGUACGCUGGCCUCUACCAGCCCCUCUUCGACAAGAGACGAGACGUGGUGACAGCCACAGUGGAACCCACAGACGAAGAGUGUGAGUGGCACAACGACAGAGAGGAGGAGGAAGAGCUAGCGGAGGAGCUGAAGAAGAAGGCUGCUGUUGAGGAGAAGAAAGAGGAUGCCGCCCCAGAGGAAGACCCCAAAGGCAUACCCGAGUUCUGGCUCACCAUCUUCAAGAGCGUGGACAUGCUUAGUGACAUGCUGCAGGAACACGAUGAGCCUAUCAUGAAGCACCUUCAGGACAUCCAAGUCAAGUUCUCUGAGCCUGGACAACCUAUGAGUUUCACACUAGAGUUCCACUUUGAGCCAAACAGUUUCUUCAACAACGCUGUGCUCUCUAAAGUCUACAAGAUGAAGUCGGAGCCUGAUGACGAUGAACCCUUCUCAUUUGAGGGCCCAGAGAUUUUCGACUGUGAAGGUUGUCAGAUAGACUGGCAUAAGGGGAAGGAUGUGACGGUGAAGACCAUUAAGAAGAAGCAGAAGCACAAAGGCCGUGGCACUGUCCGCACAGUCACCAAGCAGGUGCCCAACGACUCCUUCUUCAACUUCUUCAACCCCAUUAAAGUGUCACCUGAUGGAGAGCCGGACGAGGACGCCGAGUUCGCCUUAGCCACAGACUUUGAGAUUGGCCAUUUUUUCCGUGAGAGGAUAGUCCCCCGAGCUGUGCUCUACUUCACUGGAGAGGCACUGGAGGACGACGAAAGUUUUGAGGAGGAAGAGCUGGAGGAGGGAGAUGAAGAGGAGCAGGAUGGUGAUGAUGAUGACGAGGGAGACUUUGAUCCUAAGGCAUAAGCAAUCAUUCAUUCUCACCCCAUGCAUUUCUAGCUCUCAUCUCUCUCUCUCCUUCCUCCCCUCAGAAAGAAGAGCCCCAGCCUGCCGAGUGCAAACAGCAGUAACCGUGGUGACCAGGGGAGAUUGGCCGAGGUGCUGCUGUCCAUCAAAUCAGUCCUCAUCCAAUCAGCAGGUCUUCCCACCCCUGUUGGCUCCGCCCCUUAUGAACUCUCAUACAAACGCAAUAGAACACAACCAAACAGUGUUUUUAAUACAUGCAUGCCCAUUUUUCUGCUGUCCUGUCCCCCGCCCUCUGUUUUAGCUUCAUUCAUAACCAAUUAAGAAGUGACCUGGACUUUAAACAAUUCACCACGGCAACGUAGAGUUAGUCUACUUCACAAGUAGGUGACUACUGCCGAGAACCUCAGAAUAUUCUAAUUUAAAUUAAAUUUAAAUAAAAAAAUUGGAUGGAUCCCAAACUUUAGUUUUCACAAAUCAGUUACUCAGGGUUUUAUAAGGCUAAUAAGAUAAGUGUUAAUUUACCAGGAAACUGCUGAACAGGUUUGACUUAAUAUAUCACUGGGGUUGCUGACAAGUUUUUUUUCUUUUCUUCUUUAUGGUGUUUUUAAUACACGGUGUAUUAAUCUCAAUUAGAUUUUCUUUUCUAAUGUUCAUGUCCUUGGACUAUUUAUUCUGGUUUCAUGGAGCUGUAUGAAGUGGUGCAUUAUGGGAAAGUAUUUUAGGUCCCACCCACAAUAGAUAAGGCCCAUUCUCAUUCACCAUGCAAAUGCCCAACAAACAUUUGUCCCUUCUUUCCUAGGCUUUGCAAGACUAACAAAAUGUUUAUACUGCCAAAUUGUAUUUUUUAAUAUGUGAAAUGGUUUUAAGCGUUUUGAAAAUUUCUUGCCAUACUACUGCUUUGACUGUGCCCGGACUCGUAGGGCUUAACUAAAUAUGGCUACACUUCUCAUGGUCAGCCAUUCGAAUACAUUUGGAAACGAUGGCAUGAUCCUAAACCUAUUGUUCCUAAUUCCUUAUUUGUCCCUUUUAGCUGAUCUGAAAGGACCUUGUAGGUUUAAGCAAUAUAACAGAUAUUAUAUAGUUGAUGUUAUAACAAUCCUGCCUUUUUAGAGGUUUAGGUGGAGUUAUUACCAUACUGCGGAUACGUGUACAGGGUUAUUUGGUUUGAAAGUGCAAUUUACAAAUCGUCACAGCACACUAAACAAGAAAAGGGAUAGCAGUACAAGAUGGUAAAAUGUUAAGCUUAACGUUAGUAGAAUAUAAAACAUACCUAUCCAGUCCUCGGAUAUAUGUUAGGGGAAGGAAAUAAGGGUGUUUGUGUAUAAGUUUGGAAUUGGGCCAGAGAAGGUUGAGGUGUUGUGGCAGUUCAUGCAGCCAUCAUAAACAGUGCCCAUCGUUACAGAAGGCUCCCAAUCCAACCCCUCCACCACCAAACAUAUUCUGUCCAUAUUCCUGCUAACAUACAAUGACAUUUAAACAUGUAUUACUCUCCUAAGAAUGCUUAUUUGUCUAUAGAAUGUCUCCCCAAACGUGGGACAACCGGUUGCCCAUGUACUUGAUCUUAUCAGCACAUUGAUGCUGGUUGGUAUGGUGGUCAGCGUGGUAGCAAUGGUCAUCGUUACAGUGCUUUACCACACAUAUCCCCUCUUUUUUUAAUAAAGAUUGUAGAGCCCGCAUUUUUGAAAGGACCAAUCUCUUGAAGCCACGGUGAUGUCUUCAUCCUCCCCACCUAAUUGGACCUUGUGCUAGAAAUGGCCUUAUCUGGUUCCUCACAAUUUGUUACUUGCGCAAUAUUAUUUUCAAUUUGUACAGAAUUAGUUAAUAUUCUAUUAAAGUUGUGUGACAGACUGUU